CCGCGCAACAGCCGCUUGGCCGCUGGGGCCUUCAUUCUUGCAUCCUCAGCCCAAGACCUUGGCAAUUGUUCCGCCUCCUGUCCCCUUUAGUGUUGAGACUCUUUAGGCUUUCAAACUGGGAGGAUUUUUUUCUGUGUGUUUUGAUUCUUCAUCCAUUAUUCAUUUAGGGUACGCCGCCGUUCAGCUCUGAGUACAUUCAUUCAAGUGUUUAUUGAGCACCUGCUAUACACCAGGAACUAUUUUAGGUGCGUUUUAGAGCAACGAACAAGAGGCCAAGUCCCAGUCCUCAUAGAGCUUACAUCCUUGCGUGAAGAAGACCAGACAAUAAAAGAAUGAACAAAUGCAUACUUGGUGUAGAAGAAAUCAAUGAAAAUGCAGAGGCAAUUAAGCAAAUUUAAAUUAUCCUCUCCCCGUCUCUCCAAAAUGUCAUAUCCAUCCCCUUCUGGUUAUCCUGCCUUCACAUUUGCUCCUGUGGUCAGUACAGCCUGUUACCAGGACUGUAGCCAGGUGACUUGUAAUUGUUAGUAGCACCCCUUUUCAUUCUCAGAAGUGGUUGCUUUUGGAGGGUAAAUAAUACGGUCACUCUACCUAGCCCACGGCGGUCUCAAAGGCUGUGAGAGUUUACCAAGGUCGGCAAAUGCUUCUGUAAUAGUAGCCAUUCAUUCAAAAAGUGAUUGCUAUGGCACAGCAAGCUCAGGCCUGGCCUGGGAAUAUAAGGGGUGGGGGAGGGCCCCCAUUCUCAGGAAGCUUACAGUUCGGCAGAGGAGGCAGACUCGAAUUAUGGCACUAAUGAACACACAAACUAGGCUAAGGGCUAUGAAAAGAGCUACAUGCUGCUAGAAGGGUACCUUAUGGGGCUUGGCGAGCAGGCCUAGAAGGUCACUGAACUUUUCCCUGAGGAGUCUUGGAGAAAUAUUUGAAGAAUGAAGAGGAGCAAUCCAUGCACUGGAAGAGCAUGUGCAAAGGCUUUGAGGCAAUACAGGAAAUGAAAGGAGGCAAACAGGAGCGUCAAGCUGGAGAAGAACAGGAAAAUGAGGCUGGAGAGCAGGCUGGGUGUAUGAUAGGAAAGUUUGGAAUGCUGACUGUAUGGGUUUGCUAGGGCUGUUGGAACAAAUUACCACAAACUCAGUAGUUUAAACUGACAGAAAUGUAUUCUCUCACAGUUCAGGGGGCCAGAAGUCUGAAGUCAAGGUUUUGGCAGGGCCACACUCUCUCCAAAGGCACUUGGGGGGAUCCUUCCUUGCUUCUUCUGGUCCCUGGUGCCUCCCAUCUCUGCUUCCGUCUUCAUGCGGCUUUCUCCUCUUUGUCUUACGAGGACACUUGUAAUUUUUUUGUGUUUUUUGGCUGUGCCAUGUGGCAUUCGGGAUCUUAGUUCCCCCACCAGGGCGCAAACCCGAGCCCCCUACAGUAGUAGUGUGGAGUCUUAACCACUGGACUGCCAGGAAAGUCCCAGGACACUUAUCAUUGGAUUUGGGGCCCACCCAGGUAAUCCAAGAUGAUCUCAUCUCAAGAUCCUUAACUUAAUUGUAUCUGAAAAGACCCUUUUUCUAAAUAAGAUCAGGACUUGGUCUUGUCUUUUCUGGGGCCACCAUUCAACCCACUACACUGACCUUGCAGAGAAAAGAGACUUGGGAGGAGGUGAGAGUCAUUAAUAAACCUCCCCACUGACAUAUUAAGUGGAGUAAAAAUUCAGUAGACUCUAUGUAAACCAUGAACCUAUUUAGUUAAAAAUAUGUGUAUUGGUAUGUUCAUUUAUAAAUAGAAUUGUUUCUAGGUGGAGGCAUUACACUCUGAUUUUCACUUUCUUCUUCUUACCUUUGGUACUGUCAGAUUAAUUUAUUUUAAUUAAUUUAUUUUUGGCUGCAUUGGGUUUUCAUUGCUGCAUUCGGGCUUUCUCUAGUUGCAGUGAGCGGGGGUUACUCUUCGUUGCAGUGUGCAGGCUUCUCAUCGCAGUGGCUUCUCUUGUUGUGGAGCACGGGCUCUAGGCGCGAGGGCUCAGUAGUUGUGGCUCGCAGGCUCAGUAGUUGUGGCUCACAGGCUAGAGAGCAGGUUCAGUAGUUGUGGCGCGUGGGCUUAGUUGCUCCGUGGCAUGUGGGAUCUUCCCGGACCAGGGAUCGAACCCCUGCAUUGGCAGGUGGAUUCUCAACCACUGUGCCACCAGGGAAGCCCCUGUCAUAUUAUUUUUAAAAUACUUUUUAUAAUUGGAAAAACCCUACAAAGCUCUUUACAGUUUGAAAAAAGCUUUUAUUGGCAUAUCUGAAAAGACUUAGUGACUAGGUAGGAGGUUUUUUUCCUGUUCCUAUUGAUAGAAGUAUUUGAGGAAAGGGACUUAAACUGUGGAAGGAGGUUCAAUUAGAAACUUGAACUUUCAAGGUAGCUGGAAUUGAUUUAAAAUAAGUUAUGGAGCACACAGCUGUGGAGCGCUGAGCCACGCGUCAUGCCCUGCGCUGCCCAGACUAGCGAACAAUACAGUCAAGAUGGCUAAAGCUGACCCAAGAAACGAAAGGGCAAGAUGUCUGCUAUGCCUUCUUUGUGCAGAUGUGCACAAAGAUGUGCCAUUUUAUGAAAUGGCAAAGACAGAUAAAGUGCGCUAUGAUCAGGAAAUGAAGGAUUACGGACCAGCUAAGGGAGGCAAGAAGAAGGACCCGAAUGCCCCCAAGAGGCCACCGUCUGGUUUUUUCCUGUUCUGUUCCGAAUUCCGCCCCAAGAUCAAAUCUACAAACCUAGGCAUCUCUAUUGGAGCUGUGGCAAAGAAGCUGGGCGAGAUGUGGAAUAACUUAAGUGACAGCGAGAAGCAGCCAUGUAUCAAAAAGGCCGCGAAGCUGAAGGAGAAACACGAGAAGGAUGUCGCAGACUCUAAGUCUAAAGGGAAGUUUGAUGGCGCCCAGGGUCCUGCUAAAGUUGCCUGGAAAAAGGUGGAAGAGGAAGAUGAAGAAGACGAGGACGAAGAGGAGGAGGAGGAGGAAUAAAAAAACCUGUUGAUCUGUCUCCUUGUGAAUACCUUAGAGUAGGGAGCGCCAUGAUUGACACACCUCUCGCCCGAGACGUGUCUGUUGCCCUCGUUAAGUUUAAUUACCCAUUUGGAUCAUGAUCAUAUCGUAGUCUCUCAGAGUGCUCUAGCAAUUGUCAGUGGUUCACAUGAAGUGGCCAUGGGUGUCUGGAGCACCCGGAAACUGUAUCAAAGUUGUACAUGUUUCCAAACAUUUUUAAAAUGAAAAGGCUCUUGUGUUCUCCUCACUCUGUGCACCUUGCUGUUGGUGUGACAAAGCAUUUAAAGAUGUUUCUGGCAUUUUCUUUUUUUUUUAAAUUUGUCAGGUGGUCUGUUAACUCUAUGGUCAUUGGCUAGGAAUCCCGAGUUCUCAACUGUACAUAUCUAUAGUUUGUAAAAAGAACAAAGCAACCGAGACACACUCUUGACGCUCCUUGCUGGCGUGGCGGCUGUAGGGGCGAUGCCUUCCGGAGGGGCCGUAGCUCAGGGCGUGCACUGUGGGGCUGGACCUGUGGACACUGCAGUGGGCAUACGUUUAGCUUCAGGAUGUCUUGUUUCUGUAUAUAGAGACAUAGCGUCCCGCUGCCAUAGGCGGGGGGUUCAGCUGGCAUGAGAAGUGUUUUGGAUCCUUUUUAGUUGAAGUGCGGUAGUUUUAAACUGUUUGUUUUUUAAACAAGUCAUAGACCUCUUCACUGUCAGCCAAGCCAAGAGC